AUGGGUCCCAAAAAAGGCGGCGGUGGCCAAGCGAAGCAGAGGGGCAAUGCGACUGAGGAGGUUGAGGAGACAUUGCAGGCUGUGGUUCUUGCCGAUACUUUCGAAACCAGAUUCGAGCCCUUUACCCUUGAGAAGCCUCGUUGCCUCUUGCCGCUUGCGAAUACGCCGUUGAUUGAGUACACUUUCGAGUUUUUGGCUAAUGCCGGCGUCGAGGAGGUUUUUCUUUACGGAGGGGCUCAUUCAGAUCAAUUAGAGAGAUACAUCAAUGCAUCGAAAUGGAGAAGCAACUCGUCGCCUUUCAAGCAAUUGACUUUCCUCAAGUCAACGUCGACUUCAGUUGGAGAUGUUAUGCGCGAUCUUGAUGGCAAACACCUCAUAACUGGCGACUUCAUUGUUGUCAGCGGUGAUGUGAUCAGUAACCUGCCUAUUGAGGGUGCACUGGCGACUCACCGUGCCCGCCGCCAAGCAGACAAGAAUGCAAUCAUGACUAUGAUUCUGCGCGAGGCUGGUCGAAACCAUCGCACAAAGUCGUCCUCCGUGUCCCCUGUAUUCGUCCUUGAUCCCACCAAAGAUCGUUGUUUGCACUAUGAGGAAAUUGAGCAUCAUUCCGACGAAUCAUCUCGCCUGACUAUCGACACCGAGCUUAUUUCAUCUCAUGCGGAGAUCGAUAUUCGACAAGAUCUGAUUGACUGCAACAUUGAUAUCUGUACGCCUGACGUGUUGAGUUUGUGGUCCGAUAGUUUCGAUUAUCAGUCUCCGCGAAAGCAUUUCUUGUUCGGUGUGCUCAAAGACUAUGAGCUUAACGGCAAAACCAUCCACACGCACAUCAUCAAGGAUCACUACGCAGCUCGAGUGAGGAAUCUGAAAGCAUAUGACGCAGUGAGCAAGGAUAUUAUCUCCAGAUGGACGUAUCCACUGUGCCCGGACACAAACUUGCUCCCGGGACACACCUACGAUCUCCGCAAGGGCAAUCUGUACGCAGAACAGGGCGUUACUUUGGCGCGUUCAUGUGUCGUUGGGCGGCGAACUGUCAUCGGGAAAGGCACAAGCAUAGGUGACAAGACGACAGUCAAGAACACAGUUCUUGGAAGGGACUGCAAGAUUGGAAAAAACGUUACACUGGACGGCGCCUAUAUUUGGGAUGGUGUGGUGAUUGGCGACGGCACAACGGUUCGGCAGGCUAUUAUUGCCGAUAAGGUUGUGGUCGGCAAUAAUUGCAGUGUUGAGCCUGGCGCCCUUCUCUCAUAUGAAGUCAAAAUCGCUGAUGGUGUGACUGUGAGCGAAGGCAGAAGGAUCACAAAGGCCUCGAGAGAGGAAUCCGGGGGACUACCAGCGAAUGAUCCGGAUGUGGUCGGUGAAGGAGGCGAAGGUUACGAAUAUUUCCAUGAGGAAGAGGAAGACGAGGACGAAGACGACACUGUAUCCAAUGCUUCGUCAGGACUUGUGUACAACAUGGCGCAGCUCUCUCUUUCUACGGAGUCUAUCUCUACCCUGUCGUCUGAGAUUUCUCAUUUCGGCGGAUCUCGAUCCGAGAGCUUUGGUACUUCGUACUCUGAAGAUGAGGAUGCGGACCAUUUCGUCCAUGACGCUGCAGCCAGUGUCUAUGACAGCUUGAAAGACGGUGUCACAUCUGACGUUGUGCAGUUGGAAUUGGUCAGUUUGCGGAUGACUGCGAAUGCCUCCGACCACCAGCUCCGACGAGCUGUUGUCACGGCCUUCAUGAAGCGAACCCAGCAACUGAUCGAAGGAGGAAAAGGUGCUGGUGAAGGCGUUCGGGACAUUUUCGGCACAUAUCGCGAGGUUGUUGAGCGGUGUAUGUUCGAUCGAGACAGCGACGAGAAAACCGACCAGGUCGACUUCUUACUCCUGCUCCAACAGGAUCUUGUACAUCGGCCUCGCGGCGAGACAGUCCUACUGUUCGCUGCUAAGGAGCUGUACGAUUUGGAGCUCUUCGAGGAGGAAGCCUAUGAGCAAUGGUGGGCCGAUGAGCGGUCCAGUGCCAGCGAAGAGAUGAGGCAGGUGCGGAGUCAGACACAACAGUUUGUUGACUGGCUCGCAAAUGCUGAGGAAGAGGAGAGCGAGGAAGAGAGCGAUGAGGACUGA